UUUGAAUAAAAGAAAAGAAUAAGGCAGGAUCUCCAACCGGAGAUAUUCCCGUUUCUUCUCCGCGAGAACGCUGUCUGGCGCGUUCUAUCCACGCUCUUCAACGGUCCUCCUUCACAUUCACUCUUCUCCGCACGCUUUCCUUCCUCCUUCUUGUCCCUUUCUCGCCAUUGGAAGGGUUUCAUCUCAUCUUAAACCCCAACUAGGGUUUGACUGGUCCCAAAGCUCCUUUCCCACUGAUUCCAUCAUUCAUGACAUGCGAUUUCUCAGCUGCCAACGAAUAUGACUGAAAACAAAGAAACAGAAAAAGGGUUCAAUCAGCGAGGAAGAUGUCUCAACCUCCUGCAAAGGUAUUCUGCAACUACUAUUUGGCACUGUUGCAAGAAGUGGCACAGCAACCAGGUGUAAAGCUGAAUUGGAAUGCUUUAGUCAAGAAGACUUCUACUGGGAUUUCUAAUGCUAGGGAAUACCAGAUGUUAUGGCGCCAUUUGGCCUACCACCACUCAUCGCUUGAAAAAUUCGAUGAUGGAGCUCAACCCUUGGAUGAUGACAGUGACUUAGAAUAUGAAUUGGAACCUUGCCCUUCUAUUGGUGGUGAAACUUCAGCAGAGGCUGCAGCAUGUGUGAAGGUUUUGAUUGCUUCUGGUUUACCAAGUGACUCAAGUCUCACAAACAAUUCAAUGGUAGAGGCCCCAUUAACAAUAAAUAUACCUAAUUUGCAGUCGUCUAGAAUACCUUCAGAAAAUUCGCAGCCCACAUGCUCAAUGCGAGGGAUGACUAUCACGGUUCCAGUUUCUGUUCAGAAACAGAUUCUUCCUGCAGUGACAUCGGCUGAAACAUUGGAAGGAAACGGAUCGGCUGGUGCAAACCUACCUGCUCGAAGGAAAAGAAAACCUUGGUCGGAAGCAGAAGAUAUGGAACUUAUUUCUGCUGUGCAGAAAUGUGGUGUUGGAAAUUGGGCAAACAUCUUGCGAGGAGACUUCAAAGGAGAUAGGACUGCUUCACAGUUGGCUCAGAGAUGGACUAUUAUUAAGAAGCGAGCUGGUAACUUAAAUGUGGAAGGAAACUCCACUGUUCCCCAACUUUCCGAGGCACAGUUGGCAACGCGAAGUGCUUUGUCCUUGGCCCUUGAUAUGCCUGAUAAAAACUUAACAGCAGCUUGUACAAAUAACCCUGGUUUGAAGAUCACAUCCAGUACCUCUGCACUUCCAACUACUGGUGUUGAAGCUUCGGUUCAACUGCAAAGCCAGCUCCAACAAGGUCCCAUUGCUUCUGCCCAAUCUCAAAUCAUUCCCAACAAGGUUCAAUCACUUCUGUCUUGUCCCAUAAUCAACCUCAAAAAGCUCCGGUUAUUCCAUCCCGUCCCAUAAUGAGCCUCAAAAAGUUCCAGUUGCAUC